CAUGCUAUUUGUCAGACAAAAAUGCCUCAAUUAUCCUGUUUGGCCCAGUGUUUUACUGAGUUGUGAGGCAGGGACAAGCGCAGUCUUGGAGCAAGACGACUGAGUGGAACGCACCGCUUCUUGUAAGUACUUUUGGCAUUUGACUGUACUGUUGAUUGUUAAAAGUUGCAUUUUAGUUGGGGUCGUUGCCAGGUGUUCGCACUGUAAUGUCACGAACGUACAACAGGUCGGUCGUCGUUGACUUGACAAUGUACGCUCUGAAAAGCGUUGCAAGAAUUGACUGUAUAAAAUAAAACUGGCUGUAAAUAACACAGUUGUGCUGAGAAGUUUGCGUGCCCUGGCAGAAUUUGUGAAAUAUUGGCUGUUGUGAAAAAUAUUUAAUAAUAAUCAUAUAUAAGAAUAUUUUUUUUUUUUUUUGGCUUUCAAAACAAUCUGACUAUUUUUAUGUCUAAACUACAAACAAGGGCUUCUUUAAAACAUGCAAUAAAUAAUUCUGAUAGUGCGAUGUUUGUGUUGAUUUGCAAAGUAUAACAAUAUGGUUGUCUUUGUCACUACAGGUAAAUAUCAGACAAGCUCGGUGCAGUUGUAGUCACACAGACUGCAAACGCCAACUAUAACAAUAAGCGCUUCGUGUCUUGAUUUCCGAUGCAUUCCGCUCGAAGCUCAUGCAUGUCAACGAAAUAAAAUGACAAUGUUGUAUUGUGCCGAGGAGGUGAACAGCGCCCCCAGUGGCACCGAAGGGCAUGGUAGCCUCCCUCCCCCAGGCGGCGGUGACCCUCCUGUGGUUGGCGGCGGCGGCGGCGGGGAUGCCCGACCCGAGCCAGCGGGACGAGCUGAUGCGCCGGGAGGCGUCGCGGCGGACGGGCGGCGGCGUGGCGCUCACGGCGGCCGAGCGGCGCUUGGACGGCGAGCUUCGCCGGAUGAAGGAGCGCGAGAUGGCGGCCGAGCCCUUCCCGCCCGCCGUCCACUUCUUCAAGGCCAAGGGCCUCAUACGCGACAGUCCCGUCUUCAAGCUGCUGCAGGACAUGCCCAAAGGCGGCGCCCUGCACGUUCACAGCUCGUCGCUGGUGAGCGCCGAGUGGCUGGUGAAGAACGCCACGUACCGGCCGCACUGCUACGUCUGCUUCACGUGGGACAACUCGGCGCGCUUCGUCUUCUCUCGCCGCCGGCCGUACCCGCGCUGGGACUGCUUCUACUGGCAGCUUGUCAGCGCGCUGCGAGCCGAGGCGGGCGACGCGGCCGCCUUCGACGCCAGGUACCCGCUCACGUCUUCCCUUUUGCAAAAACUCUCCAGUGACGACACUCGGAUCGCUUUCAAGCUUGAUGAAGCAUCUCACGCUGGUCACCGACGACCCGGACGGCGAGUACCCGGACCAGGACGCCGUGUGGGACAAGUUCGAGAGAGCCUUCGUUGCCGGCGCCGGGCUGGUGAGCCACGCCCCCGUCCUGAGGGAUUACCUCCUGCGGGGCCUGCACGAGCUCCACCGAGACAACGUCAUGUAUCUGGAGCUGCGCAGCGGCCUGUCCAGGGUUCGUCUUCGCUCUCGUCGCGGCGCCAAAAACAUUCGAGACGCGAUCGUGUUUUGUCGCGUGUGGCUUCAGACGUACGAGCUGGACGGAAGCAUCCACGACAAGAUCUGGACGCUGAGGACUUUCCAAGACGUCGUCGGGAAGUUUGUGGCCGAGCAUCCGGACUUCCUGGGCGCUCGCCUCAUCGUAGCCGUGCACAGGGCAUUGAGUGCGUCCGAGGUGAAGGCGGCCGUCGAGGAGGCCACGGAGCUGCGGAGGGACUUCCCCGAUGUGGUGGCGGGAUUCGACCUGGUACCCAUUCGCGUCUUACGCAGGUACUACCGACACGGCGCGACGGUUACGCAACGGGUACCGGAUGUCUUGUAUUGCAGGUGGGCAGGGAGGACGGCGGCAGGCCGCUUUGGUACUUCCGGGACGCUCUGUCGCUCCCGGCCCAGAUGGGCGUCACCCUGCCUUACUUCUUUCACGCGGGAGAAACCGACGAGGAGGGGACGGAGACGGAUCAGAACGUUCUGGACGCCCUGCUGUUCAACAGCAGCCGCAUCGGGCACGGCUACGCCCUGGCGCGCCACCCGCUCGCCAAGGAGAUGUCCCGGGUGAGGCAGGUGGCGGUGGAGGUGUGCCCCAUCUCAAACCAGGUACUGAAGUUGGUCUCCGACCUGCGCAACCACCCGGCGGCGGUGCUGAUGGCGGAGGGCCACCCGCUGGUGAUCAGCUCGGACGACCCGUCCAUGUUCGGCACGGCGGGCCUGUCCUACGACUUCUACCAGGCCUUCGUGGGCAUCGGCGGCCUGAAGGCCAACGUGGGCACGCUGAAGGAGCUGGCGCUCAACUCCAUCAGGUACAGCUCUCUGCCGCCGACGCUCAAGGACUCUGCGCAGGCCGCGUGGCGGAGGAAAUGGGACGCCUUCGUUUCGGCUCACGCUUGAGAGCCCGACGGAACCUUUUCACAACGCUCGAUGGAACUUACUGAGCAGAGUCGGGCCCCACCGUGUAACCACCAACCAGGCAUCCAUUUGAUUCAUAAAAAGGACACGGUUUCAUAUUUUCAUGCAGCUUUAUGCGAGGCCUGAAUAAUUAAGAAUGCGGCAAUCACAAGGUAAAGCGUAAUACAUACUAUGACCAACCGGGGGCGACAUUUAUCCUCUUUGCCGUGGCGGCUCCGAAGGUUUUAAUUGGAACAUAAAGUUACAAUAUAUUAUAUUUGAAUAUGAAUGCAUGGAGGUGGUUUUGCAGAAGUGUUUGUUGAUUUGGAAGGCAUCUGUCUUUUUGUAUUUAUGGAAUUCAUCUUUGUGUCACGUUUGGAUGUUUAGUGGAUCAUCACGCGAAUGAGGUUGUUGUGGACAUUGUUACAUAAUGCGUUUGGAAACCGACUUUUAUCUUGCUUUUAUUUUCAGUUCAUGUGCACUCAGAAUAAAAGGGGAAACAAUGUCAGCAGCGUCAAUAAAGAGAUUUUGAAUAAAUAUUUACAUGCGUUUAAAAAAAA